CCGUAUACCCACAUGUUAUGUUAAUCGGUUAAUAAAAUCAACCGAUACCUCCUUUAAAACUUGAAUAAGUCAACAAAAGGUAUUGAUUGAAAUAUGCUGGCACAAAAGUUCGAUAUCCAUAAAUAGACUGUAUGAUUUUAUAUUAAGUUUAACAAAAAUGUAAACAACAUGUACAAUUUGUGAGCACUAUGGCUGACUCGAAAAGGUCAACCGAAGGUAACUGGAGGGACACAAGGUCGGCUGCACAAAGUUUAUCCUACCUUUGCCUCGCAGAACAUCUUUCUGACAUCAGUUUUACCUUCAGCACCAAUAAGGAUGUGAAACUUCCGGUUCAUAAAUUUGUACUGAGCAUGCGCAGUGAAGUUUUUGAAGCCAUGUUUUAUGGUCCACUUGCAGAAGGAGGUGAAACGGUGUUAAUUGAAGAUGUCGAACCUGACGUAAUGAAGACUGUUUUAAGGUUUGUCUACUCGGACGAUCCACAGCUUGACGGCAAUAAUGUUUUACCAUGCUUGUAUGCAGCGAAAAAAUACCAACUACCGGGUCUUGAAAAGCUAUGCUCCGACUUUCUUGAAAAUAACGUAGACGUAAAUAAUGUAUGUCAAAUAAACGAGCAGGCUACCAUUUAUCAGAUGAAAACUUUGCAGGAUAAAUGUCUUGCAUUCAUUAUGAAAAACGCAACAAGUGUUCUUUGUUCGCUAGGCGUUUUAGAAUUUUCACAAUCAACCUUGUUAAAUGUUCUUAAAAGGGACGAAUUAGCUUGCGAUGAAAUGUAUGUAUUCAAAGCAGCAAUGAGAUGGGCGGAACACAAUUGUGAGGUCAAUAGCAAGUCUAAAACUGGACAAAAUAUUCGUGAUCAACUUGGAGAAGCAUUGUUUGAGAUACGAUUUCCGAUCAUGCCAAUAGAAGAGUUUGCGCGAGUUGUUACUCCGUCUGGAAUUCUGACCAACGAGGAAAUAGUGAUACUGUAUCAAUUCAACGCAACAAAAGGUUCGUCGCCUUUGGGAAAAUUCAGACAACAGCAAAGGUUGGGAGCAAAAAUUGCAAUAGAACUCAAUCAGGAUAACAGUAAUCUUUUGAAGCGGCAGAAUAUGAAUGCAGAAGAUAAAUUUAGGGCAGCCGUUGAACGGGCAAGAGAAUUAUCGGCUAGGAUGAAUAAAAACUGAUACAUGUAUUAACAUUUUGUUUGCCUUUGCGCAUUCACUGGCUAUUAUUUUUUUUUAUUACCUGAUACCUUAUAUACAUUUAAUUAGGUGGUUUUACUGUUUUCUGAAAUUAUGAAAACGUCCACGUUCGCGAACUGUUGACCGGUAGUAGUGAAGGGGGGCACUAUGGCACAAAACUUAUGGCACAAAAACUUAUGGCACAAAUGUGGGAACAUUAUGGCACAAAUGUUGGAAACUUAUGGCACAAAUGUGGGAACAUUAUGGCACAGUUUUAUAGACCUGGGCAACGUACGGCACGUAUGGGUCUUUAAUAAAUGGAUAGGGUGUACUUAAACUCUCUUACAGGUUUACCGUAUAAUGCGAGUAUAGUGUUCUAAAAAUAGCCCUAUUUUAACCUGUCCUGUCAUGUAUAUAUUGAUCGUGUGUACUACACUUCCAAGUAAACAAAUUUAAAUUCCAGGAAUCGUGUAUACAUGAGUUGUACUUUCAAUACAGUAUAUAUAAACUUAAAGGGUUGACAAUAUAUGAAAGAUAUAUU